AUGCUUCUCGAGGAGCUGCUCCGGUGCCAGAUGCACGAGUGGUACCCGGCCUUCCGCCGCCACUCCAUCCGCACCGUCAUCAUCCCGCUCCCCGCCGCCUUCGUCCGGUACCUCGUCGGCCAGCCGGCCUACCCCGACCUCGACGCCGACGCCGACGCCGACGCUGGCACUGACGACGAGCCGCUCCCGUUUCUCCUCCCCGCGAUAACCUCCGGCCGCCAGCCCUUCGCGCCCAUCCACGCGCACCACCCCGACCCGGUCUCCCUCAACUCCGACUUCUUCUUCGGCUCCAGCAACGAUGACGUCUUCGACCCCGACGCCGACCACCCGCUCCGCCCGGAAUUCUCGGAGCUGGAGGCGGCCAUCGACGCCGCCAUCGCCGAGCUAGGCGGCGCCGCGCUCCCCAAGCUUAAAGGAUGCCACCUUCAUGUCUGCCGAUGGCACGACUCAGUGCACGUGCUUCGCCGAGGUUGCCAUGCUGCUCCGCUCCUCCGAUUGUGUGGCCCACGACCUCGCCUCUGCGAGACAAUCAUGCGAGGAUUUCGUGCGCCCGGAGGGUGCUCGACGGAAUGCCCAAAAAAUGGGCGGCUCAAGCUGAUAGAUUUCAAUCCAUGGGGUGGUUAUACCUUGCCGUUGCUGUUUACUUGGGAGGAGCUUGAGGAGGGGAGAGGGCCUGAGCUGGAGUUUCGGGUGGUCAUGCAGCAGGGUGCAGUGAGGCCAGGAUUGAUGACAGCAGUGCCGUAUGAUAUGCUUGAUUGGGGAGAGGGGAGUGGCUGGGAUGUUUUUCUGAAGAAGGCUGAUGAGGAGCUUGACAGACAGAUGAACUCACUAGAUGAUGAUUCAUGA